UUGAGGUUUAUGAAGGACGCUGUUUGUCCUCCUUUCUUCAGCGGAUCAUCUUCUGCACUAUCAGCAGCACUUACACUGCAAAUCGGACAUAUUGGCGAGCAUGGAUGCAUUAAACCUGUGCUUUAUUCUGCUUAUACCACUAACUGCAUGCUCACAAGAUUUGGGAGGAGAGACUGUUGUGAAAUCAAUUGGGAAACAACCAGAUGUCACUCAAAUAUGCACCAAUGCAACACAGAGUAUCAUCACACUGAUAGUUUGUACGAUCAGAACUCAGAGAACUGGAGGAGAAAAUUGUGUUCUGCUGUAUGAAUAUGGACGGGGCUUUGAACAGAAAUGUGACUCCAGGUUCACACUGAUGAAAGAAAAUCAGACUGUGUUUCUCCACCUGAUCAAUUUAACAUCAGAGGACAGUGGGAGCUACACCUGUCAGUGUACAACUCCUGAAAGAACAAAAAUUCUCCAUCUUAAUGUCACUGUAGAAGGUAAACAAGAAUUAAGCAGCAGGUCUCCAACAGAAACAGUUCCUCUUACACUGAUUUGUGUAACCGUGUUCAUCAUUGUGAACUUAGUUAUCUUUGGAUUUAUUCACGCACGACUGCGCCGCAGAAAACCAUCGCGUAGUCCUCAAAACACGGGGUCAGAGGACAUUGAGCCGUACAGCACCUACAUACGGAAAGAAAGUGGACUUUAUUCAACUGUUCAAAUGCACGACUCUAAACAGAAUACUAACAGUUCACAUGUGUCAGCAGACACAAUUGAGACAGUCUACGCAGGAGUACAAUAAUAUUAUAUCAAAUUUUUCACAACUCACAAGUGUACUUUGGCAAAUUCACCACAGGGUGGCAUCAUUUGACUGACAAAUAAAGAACUGACCAGAAUCAGCUUUAUCAUCUUAGCAUUUUAGUAUUGUGUUUUUAUGUAAAUAUUUUGUUACAAACUGCAGUAAAACUUUAUCCAUCA